CUAUAUUGGGGCUAGGUCGUUAAGAGAAGGCCUCGAGUCAACACUGACGUACUGUGAGGUGUCCUUGCAGUCCUGCCAGGACUCUACCGCAGACACUACGCUACUAUGCACCCGCUAGCGAAAAUCUACUGUGUCUGGACGUGCAUCCAUCCAGAGUGAGUCGUCACCGGAUGUCCGUGGAGCGAGGGAAAAUUAUCAAUAAACCUGGGCGGGCGAUCCACUUCCGGCACGAGUCCAGAUUCUGCCCUUUUUUCUCGCUCCACUCUUCCCAACAGAGACCCAUCUGGGGUUUUGCGCUGCAACCGCCCCAGGUCGCGCAAAGCGCGCUUGCCGCAGGUCCAGUCGAGUGGGUAACUAAUUACUAUCUUCUCCAUGUGCGACAAGACGGCGGUGUCUCAAGGAAGAAUGCGUCUUUUUUUUCACGUGUGUUCUAUCUUUUGAGUCUUUUUUUUUGCCUUUUGCCCUUUUCGUCUCUUUUUGCUUUUUCUUAUCUUGAUUUUUAUUCUUAUUAUUAUUAUUAUCUUUCUUUCCUCAUUCGCCUCUGCCAACUGUCUGAUUUUGCCCCUUCCAUCAUGGUCUGGCUGAUCUCAGAUCCCCCGCCAAAUGAUCGAGUUUAUUCACCUUGAUUUCUUGACUUUUCUUUUUCUUCGUCUGUUUUCGGAGAUAGCCCCCUUCCUUCUUCACUUGUCACAUCUGUCCCAAACCGUCCACCGAGAGAACCAAAUCCUCCGAGCCACAGAUGAUUCUCGGACCGAAAAUGUCAUUGCCCCGACUUGCUUUUUGUGC